AUGUCAAACGUUAACGCUGCCAUUGGUCUAGUUAGCGGCGUCCUGACGAUUACUGAGUUCUUCAAGAGCAACUUCGUCGGCAUUGACCCAAAAGGCGCCAAGGUUUCCAUAAAAGCCGGUCUGGGCCUGGUUACUGACUCUACCGAUGACUGGGGAGGGAGAAUUUCGGCAGUCCAUGCGUAUAACAACGGCAACGAGUACCUUGGCGAGUCUGAUAGUGUUAGGAUUGCAGACGGAGGCUUCGAGUCUGUCAUUGUCGACCAGACAGGAGGAGGUGGACAGCCAGGGUUCAUCAGCCUUGCCAACGCUAACGAUGCUACUUGCGUACAGUGGGUCACUGUUGAGGCCAGAGACCUGCAGAAAGAAGGCGCAUGGACUGGUGACAUUGGCGAAGCGUGCGGCCAAAGGACAUUCUAUGGAAUUGAGAGAGCUGGAACUCUUCCUAACGGGGAUGACUGGAUUCCGUUCUGCACCUGGCUCGAUGCUGAUGGCACCGACGGCACCCCAAGCGCGGCGAUGAAAUUUAGAGUCGAUGCCUACGGUGAGGAUCCUCAAGGCACACUUGACAGCGGCAACGGCUGCGCUUCUACGCUUUGGGGUCCAGACCAAGCUCCCAUCGCAGCUGCUCCCGCGAAGAGGGAGACACACGCGCGCCCACUUUCGCUAAUUGAGACGUUGAUCAUGUCUGAUAUCCGCAACCAAACGGCAGAGUGGCUUUGUUCCCAGGCCCAUACUUGGGGACCCGAUUUCGUCGGUGUCGAUGGCAAGUUCUGUGAUAUGGGAAUCAAGCAACUUUCGCCUCUGUGCUCCACCGAGGACAUUGAAGGCUGUGUCGACAUUGCCGAGAACGGCAAAGCUGUCUUGAAGCGGUCUAACGUUGCGAGGCGUGAAGUCCACACCAUUCACAAGACUUAUAAGCGGGUGGCACACAACCAUUAA